AAGAGAGACACGCUCGAGACUCUGAAGUGCACCGAGUGCGUGGGUCACCACGGACUGUGCACCAUCGGCGAAGGGAAUUGCUAUGCGCCUGAUGGGUGCUUCUUCUGUGGAGAUUGUGGAGCCGAUAAGGCUAGGUGCCAGGAUCCCCCGAAGGAGGGGUGUCAGUGUUAUUGAUUGAUUGAUGGAUGGGUUCCAG